AGAAUCAGAGUUGGCACCGAAAUAAGGAUUUCUCAGUGUUGAAAUAAACCUUUUUUUUUUCUUUUCCGCUUUCCUUUUGGAUUUUUCAUGCUACUACUUGGUAAACCCUAUAAACCCUACACCACACGGUUUUAGGGUUUUGUGUUACUCAGGUUUCUUCAAUAUGGUAGACGUUCAAGGACUAGUCAAUGAGCUUGUCUCCAUGCUAAGAAGAAGGAAGGUUGAGGGUUCGCGUGCAACAGCUCGGCUGACAGCUGAGUUGCUUCGUUCAGUGAUAUCGCAAUCGAAACUGCCGGCUACAAACCAGCCCGCCGCUCUCAUUGAUGCCGUAAGGGAUGUUGGAGGGAAAUUGAUUGCUGCUAAUCCCAUUGAGCUUGCUGUUGGGAACAUCGUGAGGCGUGUUUUGCAUAUAAUCAGGGAGGAGGAUCAUUCGAAUGCAAGAGAUGCUGUUGAAGGGUUUAGAUUAUCUGUAGGAGGUGAUAAUGAUUAUAUAGUUGAGCAAGAUCACCUAAAUCUAUCAGUUGCUGCUCAAAGUUCUCUGUGUCGACCUUCAUUGCAUGCCCUUUUAGAGCGUUCUCCUAACUCUGCAACAACUUACUUCACUGCUACUUCAGAGGAUGAUUCUGAAGAGAAAAGCAAAUCAUUGGAUCCAAUUGCAACGAGCUUGGAGUUUAGGCGUAAGGUCAUCUCAGCAGUUAAUGAUCUCAUUGAAGAUAUAAAUACCUGCCAUUUGGUGAUUGCAGAACUAGCAGUGGAGCAUAUACAUCACAAUGAGGUGAUAUUAACAUUCGGUCGUUCAAGAACAGUGAAAGAAUUCCUAUGUGCUGCAAAGGAGAAAAAAAGAUCAUUUGGGUUAUUUGUUGCAGAAGGUGCUCCAAAGUACCAAGGGCAUCUUCUUGCAAAAGAGUUGGCUGCCAGAGGUUUACAAACCACAGUGAUUACUGAUUCUGCUGUUUUUGCCAUGAUUUCCAGAGUGAAUAUGGUAAUAGUUGGAGUUCAUGCUGUGAUGGCCAAUGGCGGGGUCAUUGGACCUGUUGGGUUGAAUAUGGUUGCACUUGCUGCACAAAAGCAUGCCGUUCCAUUUGUUGUUGUUACCGGUACUCACAAGUUGUGUCCAUUGUAUCCAAACAACCCAGAAGUCUCGCUGAAUGAGAUGAGAUCCCCAUCUGAAGUAUUGUCUUUCGAGGAAUUUUCAGAUUGUAUGGAUUAUAGAAUUGGCACUGGUGCUCCUCAACUUCAUGUUGUCAAUCCUGCAUUUGAUUAUGUUCCCCCAGAGCUUGUUAGUCUUUUCAUUACUGACAUAGGAGGGUAUUAUCCAUCAUAUAUGUAUAGGCUUAUUGCUGAUUAUUACUCUUCUGAUGAUGUGGUUAUACAACAGAAACCUGCUUCCUAAAAAUCAAGGAGGUGAUACUAAUUAGCGGACAGAAAAUUAACAGGAAUUUGACUACCAUUAUGAUUCAUGAUAAGUUUAUGUUAGGUCCAAAUUUCAUGGGCAAAGAGAAGCCCCUUGUUAGUGGGGAAGAACUACAGGUUAAAAGCAUAGAUAAAAUUUCAAAAAUUGAUGUUACUGUUAAUAAGGAUGAACUAAUGACCAAAUUCAUUUGUAACAAAUACAUUCAAGUUUUCUAGAGAUUUUCAGUCCUUUAUGUAA